UACACGGUGCCGUAUGUAUAAUCACGUUUCAGUAGUGAUGUUUGGAGAUGAAAAUAUCAACUAUGAGUGAGUUGACAAUACUAGGUUGCAAGUGUCAGUAGUUGAUACCCACAAUAUACACGAAGCAAGUUACUGCGGGGCGUCGCUGACCUAUAUCUAGGUUUAUCGCGACACGAAAGUCCAGGGUCCCAAUUUUUGACAGAUAAUGAGUCGACAUCAAGCAUAUGAUCUAGGUUGACAGUAAUACUGAAAAAGUGAAUUCACCCAGGACUGCGGAGUGACGUCGCCAUGACACAAUACGUGAUUAACGAACUCGAUACGUUUCACGGGGACUUGUCUUUCAACGGAGUUCCAUAUGAGGCGUUCGAACGUACCGGUCACUGGUCACUAUGGGGAGUCACGAAGAUGUUUGAAGCAGCCCGUCUGAUUGGUUUAUACAACGACCUAUUCCACUUCCGGUCAAUGGAAGGAAAGACCAUUGGUUUAGUAGUCGUCACACAAUCCCUCCGACUAAGUCCCGAUCUACACCGAGACUACUCACUUUUCACCACCCUAAAACAGCGGUAUGUUCUGGACAUCGUGGAGGUUGGCCGGAGCUCGUUUUCCUUUGUAACCCGACUAACCAAUGAAGAAACUGGACAGUUCCUUGGGGAACUACUGCUCAAGUACGUCUUAUUUGACAGGAGAACCCGGAAGUCAAUUAAACUUCCGGCAGAAUUUUUUGAGCAAUAUUCCAGAUACCCAAAAAAGGAAAUAAAAGUGCACAAACUGUCCAUUCCAGCAUGUCCAGACAUGGGUAAAAAUGUUUUCCAGUUGAAAGUAUUGCCCCUCCAUAGUGACACGGACCGGAACAACCAUGUGAACCAAUCAGUUUACUUCCGGUAUUGUAUUGACUGCGCAACGGAUGCAGCGCUUACUGGAAAUUAUCGCCAUUUCACGUCAGAUAUGUGCUGGUAUCCAGUUGUAGAAAUGAAUGUUUAUCACGCCAAUGAAAGUCUCGUCAACAAAGAGUUAGUCGUCAACACGUGGCAAGAUGAUGACGACUUCCGGUUAAUCUUUUUUAUCAUUAAGCGAAAGGACACCGUUCUCUUUAAGGCUUCUAUACAGUUUUAUCCUGAAAUGUCUAAACGGAGAAGAAAUUCUCGCAUGUGAACGUGUACAAGAAACAUAAUCAGUCAGCAUGUCUUAAUAUCCAAGGUUUUAUUAGUGUAGCUGAAAAGGUUUGUUAGAUAAGGCAGUAAAGCACUGGACUGCUUUCUAAUGAUAUUCAUAGGCCUAUGAAUGACAAGAGAAUUAGGGUCAAUUCAGUGAUGCGCCUUAGCGCUUCAUGUUGAAUUUACUGAUUUAAAGUUAACAUUUUGCAAGUUUAUUAUAUCAUCAGAGGGAAUUACAACCUUACCUACACUAAUGGCAGUUUCCUUAAUAUUUCAUUGAUUGUACGGUGCAUGUGACGUAUGAUAAUUUCUUUGAUAAUUAUGUCGCUAUCUAAUUCUCAAAAUAUCUCUCCAAUACACAGAUAAAGUAGUAUUUAUUCCGAGUUUAUCACUUAUCAGGGUUGUUCUGUUUAAAAAAUAAGACUUAAGAUAAUUCGUGAUGGUUAGUUUAAAAACAGAUUUCAUUCAGGAUUCAACAUUGACAAGGAUUAGGUAACAAGCCUCAAUCUUAUGUAAAACCAUCUCCUAAUUAGUUACUGACAUACAUAUAUAAGUAGUCUAAUCUUGUUAGACAGAAAAGAGAAUAAUACUGUCAACAAUAACGCUUCUGUCCGAGCACUGACCCUGUGUUUAUCAGGAUAUUAAUGUACAACUGUAAUCAAUGAAAUAUAAAAAUAUCACUCAAUCAGGAUU